AUCUGCAUAAUUAUCUUUGGUAUUCGUCAUUUGGCAAGCAGGAUGCGGUGUCACAAAGUUGUGGGAGUGAGUUUCUGCGUUAUCAGUGUGUUAAAUAAUUUUGCUUUCCAAGUUCGAGAGUUUGUGCUCGGAAUUUAUGGUGUGUGUGCAGCGUGAUAAAAGUGGAUGAAUUAGUGUGAGAUACGGGUUCUUCCUCUCAAAUCUAAAGCAUUUGGAAGCUUUUUGAGUAGGGAGAGUUCAUCAUGGCGGCUAACAACCGGAAUAGGACAGCACAACACAAAAAUAUUACGUCAAUAUUUUCUAAGCUACACGAUGCUUUCGCUGAUGUUGUAGCAUCACCGAGAUUAGCAACAGAUAAAAGGACAUUGGAUAAAACUUGGAAACUGAUGGACAAAGUGGUGAAGCUGUGCCAGCAUCAAAAAAUGAACUUGAAAAAUUCUCCUCCUUUCAUUCUGGAUAUUCUUCCUGACACCUACCAACAACUAAAACUUAUUUACUCAAAAUAUGAAGGUGAAAUGAGUGUGCUUCAUAGGAACGAACAUUUCGUCUUGUUCACCGAGAACUUAUUUAGGAAAUGCAAGCAAGCUAUUAAACUUUUUAAAGAAGGGAAAGACAAGAUGUUUGAUGAGAAUUCCCAUUACAGAAGAAAUCUUACCAAACUCAGUCUAGUAUUUAGUCAUAUGUUAAGUGAACUUAAGGCAGUAUUUCCAAAUGGGAUAUUUGCCGGUGACCAAUUCAGGAUCACCAAAAGUGAUGCAGCAGAGUUCUGGAAAAACAACUUUGGAAACAGUACUCUUGUACCAUGGAAGAUCUUCAGACAGGUAUUAAAUGAAGUUCAUCCAAUCAGCUCUGGGCUGGAGGCAAUGGCCCUUAAAUCCACCAUUGACCUCACAUGUAAUGAUUACAUUUCCAACUUUGAAUUUGAUGUUUUUACAAGACUGUUCCAGCCAUGGACGACUCUGUUGAGAAAUUGGCAAAUUCUAGCAGUAACACAUCCAGGUUAUGUGGCAUUCCUCACCUAUGAUGAAGUAAAAGCACGCUUACAGAAAUACAUUACAAAACCUGGAAGCUACGUCUUCCGACUUAGUUGUACGAGGCUCGGCCAGUGGGCUAUUGGCUAUGUCACAGCUGAUGGAGAAAUCUUGCAGACAAUCCCACAAAAUAAAUCCUUAUGCCAAGCUUUACUUGAUGGGUACAGGGAAGGAUUCUAUCUGUUCCCUGAUGGGCGCAAUGUGAAUCCUGAUCUCUCGUGGGCAGUGCAGCCAACUCCAGAGGAUCAUAUCAAGGUGACGCAGGAACAGUAUGAAUUAUACUGUGAAAUGGGUUCCACAUUCCAGCUAUGUAAAAUCUGUGCGGAGAAUGACAAGGACAUUCGUAUCGAGCCAUGUGGUCAUCUGCUGUGUACGCCGUGCCUCACAUCUUGGCAGGUAGACUCUGAAGGACAGGGUUGCCCAUUUUGCAGAGCAGAAAUUAAAGGCACUGAGCAGAUUGUGGUUGACCCUUUUGAUCCGAAGAGACAGCACAAGGCAGGAUCUACAGGGAACCUAGUGGACUUGGAUGAGGAUGAGGAGGACAUAAGCAACUGGAACUGUAAUAACAGUUCUCUUCAAGCACUUGCACUUUCCCCUCGUUCAGAAACUGGCGAUAGUCGGGGUGUGCGAAGUCCCAUGAUAUCACCUCGUGCCUCACCCCAACUUCUUCGUCGGGGAACAACUCCAGUUGCACCUCCUCCUCCUUUGCCACCCCGACGAGCUUCACCUACUCUUGGUAGCCCUACAAGUUCUCCGAGUAACCAGCUAACUGUUCCUAAAGAGGAUGCACCCCCUCCUCCAUGUACUUGUACAGUCACAAUUGUUGCACAAGAAACCGAAGAAGCAGAUUUGUCGUUAGGCAUUGGUGAUACUAGAUAUGACAUACUACAAACAUCUAGUAGUUCUGUGAGCAAUAGCCCAAGUAAAAUAACUGGCACAUCUUCACACAUCCGGCAUCAGUCUUGCCCAGCCCUUCCAAGUUCCUCUACUGCUACAACACUGCCAUCAAAAUCCAAUACUACUCCUUUAUUUCCACCACCCUUACCACCUCCCACAGUACCAUCUAUCCCAUGCACUUCAACAGUAUCAGUGUUGCAAAACAGUAACAUUCUGUCUACUUCUGUUGCAUCUACUUCAACAGCCCUAUACCGACAGCAGACAGGUACAGAUUCUAGUUCAGGAAAUUUACUCCAGAGGCAACAUAGUGGAGGAAAUACACAUACAAUCCACUAUGCAGAACUUGCUGAUAUAUCGGAAGAACCUAGUUAUGAAAACACAAUCAUCAUUUCUGGGGGCACAUCAUUAAUAAAACCAGAGUAUGGUACGACAGUUGAAACUGAUGUUCCAAGCUCUGCUGUUCUGUCACAAAACUUCAAACCACUUACCUUGGAAGCAAGCAAUCCACCAUUGCCACAUCCUGUCAGUAAACUGUUCCACUGCAGCACAAGUCAUUUGGAUCCCAGUGGAAGUUGUAAGACUCCACAUCAUGAACAUCGCCGCAGUUUGAAGGAAGCCAGUGAGGCUCAGAAACAGCACUACCAACGUAGCAGUGUGAGUGAAGCAAGUGUUGCUUAUGAGAACCUCAAUAUGGAUUACAUAGCGAAACUCACUUCUGAAGGUUAUGCCCAGGAUGCUGUGAUAAGGGCCUUAGGUAUUACAAGAAAUGACAUUGAAAUGGCUUGGGACAUUCUUCAUGAAUUUGCUACAAAACAAACCACUACAUGAUCUAUGCAUAACCCUGUGAUGGGUAAUUUUCGUUGAUAUUUGCUAGAUUAAUUUUAUAACAAAAUAAUAAAUGUAUAUUUAAAUGCAAUAUUCUUGGAAGGAACUCAGAUAGAAAGUGUUAAUUAUUAUUGGAAUUGUGACAACACAGCGAGGAUAAAAUGCUGGUGUUGUUUAAAAAAAAAUUUGAAAAUGUGAUAAUACUGAUCAUAAUCAUGGGGUCAUGUUUUGUAUGUAAAUGAGUUGCCUUUUCAUUUCCAUUUUAUCUUGUUGAGGCUGGUAAUACAAAUGUAGGUCAGGAUAUCUGCAUAAUUCAUAUUUUGCCAUUACCUUAGGGGAUUCAAAACAGAUUAUUAGUAAUCUGUAUAACUUAAUUUGACACCUAUAAUGCAAUUGAAAAACUGUGGUACACUUUCAUAUCAUUUGAUUUUUGUAAUUUCUCAUAUGCACAGUCCAUUGUUUUGUGUUUUAUUAUCUUCACAUGGUGAUGUGUGAAUUCAUUGCAUGGAGCGUAUUGAUUUGUAUUAUAACUGACUAGGCUUCCAUAGAUAAAGUUAUUGCAUCAUGUGUUUAUUACUUUACAAAACAAAAUGAAAUGAAGGUCACCUUCUGAGACUGGUAAAACAAUUUCUGAGAAUUACUGAUGUAAUAAAUUGCGAUAAUAUGUCUACAUAUAUGGUGAAAUGCAUUAGUCCUAUGAAUGAUAAUAUGCAGGGUAUUAAGAUAUUUGAUUCAGCUAGAAUGAAAAUUACUAAUUAUUCUUUAAAAUAAUAUUAUAGAAAUUUAUUACAAUGUGGUGUGCUAAAUUAAAAAGUUAUCUUUUUUACAGUACUUUCAUUAAGUGUACUUUUAACUGAAGUAUCACAAAGCAUGUAAAUUUCUAUUCCAAGUAAUAACUAAUACUGGUUAAUGUCGUUUGUUGGUGGUUUUAUCCCUCCACCAAUUACUAGUCAAUGUGUACCUCAUUACAGUUAACCAUUUUAGUACAAUACUGUCAAUCUUAACUUUUCUGGAAUAUAAUAUGAGCCAUCUCACUCAUUUCUGUGAUGAUAACAUACAGCAGAAUUCCUCGUUUUCUGAAUUAUAUGUGUUCUCAAUGUUGACACAUUUUCAUCCUGUUUGGUCAGUCCUUUUAAUAACUGUUGAUAAGUAAGAGUGUUUAUGUGGUGUGUGUAUUGUGUUGGAAAUGUAUGUGUAGGUUAUCUUUUUUUGGCAUGAGGAAAUUGAGAUUUAAUCACUUGCAGUUUGCACUUUAACAUAGAUGUUAUAUUUAUACAUUUAAAUAACGUAUUUCACGGAUACUGUAUGUGGUAUACAAACUACUACUUCCAAAAAUAUUUACGGUGCAAAUUUGUCAGCAAAGUAUUUCAUGAGCUUGAAAUAAAUUACAACUGUGCUAAUGUGGCACUUGUAAAACGAAGAGUAUAAUAUGGUUAGCUCAUUUUACUUGAUCUUGACAGUUCUGAAGAAUCGUGUGCCAUUUAAGAGCAUGUGUUUAGUAUUUUACAUUCACAUUUUUAUUGAAUUCUUCAAAGAGAGCUCCUUAUAUAUACAGUAUAUAUUUGACAUAAAAUAUUUAUCUCUUUAGAAUGAUUAACAUUUGUAGGAUUCGACGUUUUCACAUUGGUAUAAGUUUUAUAUUGUGGUCUUCUGGGUGGUUGUGCCACGUGGUCUUAUCUUCAUACCCCACUGUUUCAGAGAAAUAUGCUAUCUCUGUAUUCAGGGUUCAAGUGAAUAGGGUUAAGAUGUUGAUGGAUAUAGGAUGAGGAUUGGGCCAAGGAGCAAGAAAGAUUGUCCUUUCAGAGCCAAGUAUUUCAAAGUUAUAGACUUUAAUUUGAAAAGUGACUUGAGUCACAUCAAACAUCUAAGAGGGCUGCUUGUGGCCCAUGGAUGUGAGUUUUGACAUGUCUGUAAUAUAUUAUUCAGCUGUCACAUGAUGACAAUGAUGUUGUUUAGCUUUCACAUGCAGAAGGAAUUAUUUUUGUUGUUUCAUCAUCAUCAUCAUUAUUAUUGUCUAGAAAUGAAGAAGUUAGGCCACUUGACAUGUUGUAACCACAGUCUUUUUAAAAGUCAUCCUUGAUUUGAAAUAUUGUAAUAGUUUGCGAAGUCUCUCACAUUGUGUUCUGUCAGUAUGUUGAACACAGUUGGAUCUGUAUUUUAAUUGUCUGAUAUUGGUUCUAUUUUUACUUUGUUUAAUGUUUCUACAUUUCUUUAAUUGUUCAAUUUCCACUUCCAUGUAAAAGUGUUGGUGAGCUAGGGUGCUAUAAAUUUUUAUUGCAGUGUGUUUGUGGACUAUUGAUGGUUUUUUUAUUUAUGCUGCAAAACUCACAAUUCACUCUCUGCUUUGGACCACAUUCUAUUAUUCACAUGUUGUUCAUUACCUGUAUUCAGGAUUGCAAGAUGAAGGAAUGCAUAUAACACAAAUUAUUUUGAUAAGGUGCUUAUAUGUAAAUACUGCUUUUAAGUCAGAAGUGUGCACAAAUAGAGCACUGAGGAUGUCAGUACUAAGGGUGAUGGGAGACAGAGGAACCCAGUUGUAAUCCUAGAAUUUCCUAGUAUGUGCAGUAUGUUAAGUUAUUCAGUUUUUAAUUUUAUUAGAAGAGUGGUGCUUGCUUAUAGAGUAUACCCAGGGCUACUGUGACUUAAAUCUAUUAGCCAUUUAUCCAUGCUUUUAGAUCAAAGCAGAAAUGUACUUGACAUCAAUUUGUGUUAAUUUGUUUGUGAGUGGGCAAACAUUUAUGAGGUCCAGGGUGAACCAGUCCUACAGUUUAACCAAUUUUAUUAGGUUCUCAUACUCAAAUUUGCAGCAUGAAUUAAAACUUUUAUCUGUUUUAUUUAACCUCAGAUUUUAAUUCCACCUGUUCCAUACUCUCAGUUUCCUGGCUUUAUUUGAUUCUUUUUAGUCUAUGUUGUCAUAAGGACAGGAUAGUGAUGCAUAAAUGUGUAGGGGUGUUUGGAAGUGUUAAGACAUAAUCGAUAUUUUCACUAAACUACAUUAAUUAAGAUUCUGUGAAUUGUUGAAGUGGGCACUAUAUGAGACUGAGAAAGGAUGUUCAAAAAUGUAAAGGAAGUGAGAGAGUGGUCUUGGAGUAAAUUAUGAAUCCUGUAUACCAAAGGUCUUGGGUUCAGUUUUUAAUCCCAACUUUUAUUUAUAACAAAGUGAAAACUUUGUAAAUAUUUGGAACACUCAGCUGUCACCGUGGCUGAAAACCUGCUAUGAAACAGGCACCGCAAAAAUAUACUGCUGUCCCCAUUCUGAACUACUGCUUAUCCAUUCAUAUUCUCAGCAUAUUUUUAUAAUCAAUUUAAUAUUAUUUUUCCAUUGUGAUGUCCUAUGAUAUUUACCUGUCAGAAUCCUGAACUGUAAAUCACCUGUAUGCUAUUAAUUGUAUCUGAACAUCUAUGAGGUGUUAAUGGUGUGAACUCUUCUCAACUGAAACACAAUUGGAGAGCUAUAAUCUAAUUUUCCAAAUGUGUUUGUUGUGAUUUUGCAUUCCCCAUUGGUCUUCAUGUUUAUUCAUUACAAGUAAUUUAUUAUUUGUUGCAAAAAUAAUUAUGUUGCAAAUCACUCUGUUGAAUUUCACAAAUAAAGUUGUUGACAUAAUUAUCAUUUAUCAGCCAUGUGUCAUGGCUUAUGCACAUUCCAGCUGGCCAUGUGUUAACAGUAGCAUAACAUUAAAUUGUUAAACCCCAGUUAUAGUCUGGCUGGCAGCCCUGUAGUUCUGGUGUUAUGAGAUUUGAGAUUCAUAUGGCAUGAAGAUGUUCAUAUUGGUUUUUUGGGCUGUAUGCCAUGUGGACUUUCAGGUAGAUUUCUGUAUUUCAGGGGAACAUACUGCCUGCAUCUUCAGCCAUGAAACAUGGGUAUUUAACUGCAAGUCCAUGUGUUGUUACAGUGCAAAAGACCAACAUUGACACAGGGGUCUUAAAUCACCUGUUCCUGUAUGAUGUUGGUGAAGCAACAGUACUGACAUAACACUGCAUAAAGAUGUAUAUUGUUAUUCUUUUUAUAUUGACAUUUUUGAAAAGUGUCUCAAAUGAAAGUUAUAUCUCUUAAUGAGUAUAUAUUUUAUGAUAUACCUAUAUUUUAUUUUAUGAGUGGUUUUUGGAAGAUAUGAUGAACUUUCAACUUGAGCUUCAUGUAGUAACAGUAAGGGUUAUUUUAGAUUGAUAUGGAUAGGAAUAUAAUUUCCCCAGUAACAGUUACUGUAGUGUUUGAAUACAAAGUUUCACUGAAAUGUGUUGAGUAGUUCCAGAGAUGAAACAUGCAAACAAAUGGACCCACCCUUCCCAUGAUAUGUUCAUUUCAUACACUUUUGUGAAGAAUACAUAAAAAUUGUCAUGCAACAUGAAGACUAGCUAGGUCUUGCCAUGUCAAUGCAUAUUUUGUAACUUUGUGGUGCACAGCUAUCCUGUCUCUAGUCAUGAUAUAUAUGUUUGUAUAUUUUUAUCCCAUCUAAGUUAGAAUGAAUAAAGAGGUUAUAAAGCAGCAGGUUACAGCAGGGGUGUGCUGAAAUUGGUUCUGUCUACUUCUGUUUCUUUCAAAUAAUGUACCACUUGCACUAUUGGACUCAGAUGUAAAAUGUGAAGAAUCUUAUGAGACAUUCUUUAUUAUUCUGUGAUAUUAAGUUGUGCAAGAAAAUGCUGACUAUUCUGCUAAUUUCAUAAACAAUUAAACAUCUAUAUCUCUACCCACUUUCCAAAAUUAUUGUUACUGUCAUAAGAGUUGCCAACCUUUUAGUACCCAUGAACUUCAGAAGUAAGGCCUAUGUAUUAGUUACCAAGUAUGUAAACUAAUUAUUAUUUGCGAGGAAAAUGUAGAGGAUACUCGUAGAGUCUGCAGAAGAUAAAGAAAGGGUUUAAUGAAAUUAACAAAAUAUAAAGUCUUAUUUAAAAAAUAAUAUAACUGAAAUCAAUCCUUGCUUUAAUUGUAAUGUACAGUAACUUGUAUUUUUACAUAAAAAUAUUCUUAUGCUAAGUUAUUAGAGGCACAGUCGUGAAAUAUUGCCUGCACUCCAGGAUAUUUAGUCAUGUCUCUGUACAUUCUUUUGUGGAAUGAAGAUAGUUUUUAAAGUUGUAUUUACUGAAAUAAAUAUGUAGAGUUCUUCAGACAGAACUAGAAUAUUAAUUCCACUUUGUACAUGACCAAAGUUUUCUUAAGGUAUUCUGUGUUAUUCUUAAUAUCCUUUGCCAAGAUACACAUGUACUAGCUAGUAUUGUUACUGCUAGUUUUGAAAAUGUGGGUCCCCAUGUCAGAUAUUUCAGGGAGAUUAUUUGGCAGCUGUGCCAGGGCAUGGCCUUUCCACUCUGCAUGAACACUGCAUUAAUUGCUGCCGUUCCUAAUCUGUCUGGUGAUGUUGAAUAUAUUCCCCAUCAUCUCGGAUACAUUCCCCACAUCUCCUAAACUGAUUGUAGAUUACACGAUUUCUCCAAGUUCUUCUGUAGUGUAAACUCGUAAUGUUCUGCAUAAAGAGAACCUUGGACAAAACUGAGUCGUCUGAGGAAAAGUAGCAACUAAUGUGGUGAUUGCACAUAGCAGAAACUCUGUGCCUUGGCAGAGCAGCCACAUAAGCUGUCUGUAACUGCCUAGGCAAAUGUAAAUCAAUAGUAUAAACAAACAGAACAAAAAAUACCAACUUAAGACAAAUUAAUGUGUAGCAACUAACUCACUGGUUGGCCUUUGAAAUAUUCUAUUUGAUGUCUGCUAUCACACUACAAUCACAUGCUAGCAAAACUAAUAGUAUUAGCAGCAAUAGUCAAUGCAAAGAGCACAAAUCAUUCCAACAAGUGCUUGCCAAUGUUGAAUGGAAAUUUUAAAAAUAAUUAUAAAUAUAUAUAGUAUAAAUAAAAUAACAUUUUAUUUAUUAACAUUAAACAAAAAUAAUGAUUUUUUUAUAGUUUUAUAAAUAGUUAUUUAGCUGUAAAAUAAUUGUGGCCAUUUUUAUUUUAUUUUAGUAGUAUAUGCUUCUGUUGAAUCUAACUUACCACCCAUCUUCAAAUUGUUUACUUCAUUUUAUAAACAUUGUGUGAUGAACACAGAACAUAAUAUUUAACAACAAGAAUCAAAAUAUGGAAAAAAUUUCAAUUAUUAUUUACUUCCCUAGUAGUAACUAGAAUAAGUUUUAGAUGUAGGCUUCUGCAAUUAAUCCUUUCUCUUUCUUUUCACAUUCACUUAUCUUGUGCUGAAAGUAAUUGAAGUUUGAACGUAGCAUUAUAUAAUAAAUAAAUUGCCUCUGCGUUGAAUGGGCAAUUAAAUGACAUUAAUGUAACUCUAGUCACUUUUUCAGUAGUUGUUUAUAAUAUGCUAAGGGACAUUCUGAAAAUUGCUACAGUGAAAUCUUCAUAAUUUAGCCAUGAAUGUACAUCAUUUAAAGACAGUAAAACUUAAAAGAAGUAACUAAAUUAAUAAUUAUUAUUAGUCAUGAUUCAUUAAAUCAGUAUUGCUUUGUCUCUUGAAUCUCUACAAUAUGAAGUGAUGGAUGUGGUGAUCUUUGUUAUUAAUAAUAUGGACAUCAUAUUUUCUCCUAAAAAUACAAGACUUUAAAAAAUGCCUUCAUUUUUGAUACUGGAAAAUAGUCCUAGGACUCAGAGACCUGCUAACAAUUAUGUUUAUUCUAGUCUUUUGAGUAAAUAGACAUAGCACACCCCUGAAAGGAAUGUGGUAUAGAGAGGACUGCUAGAUUGUCAGACCUGGAAGAUGCACACAGAAAGUCUCUACAUUGUAAUGAUUUCCAAACUAUGUGACAUCUCCCUCUUGGAGUGAACACCACAUUCAGUUAUGAGGCAGUGGUUGGUCAGAUCUUCCCUAAUGAAACAAUUGCAUCCUUUCAUACAAUUUAGAAUUUGUAGUAAUGUGUGAUUGUUUGCAUUUUUGCCAUUGUGUAUAACAGUGCACUGCAAGAUGGGGAAUGAAAUAUGCAGAUAUUUUACACAUUUCUGGUUUAGAGUCGAAAGAAUUGUUUGAAUAACUGGUAACAUAUUUUAUAAUAUAUCAAGUAUAAACAUGGGAAUUGUACAGUGUUUUUAGGUUAGGGUUGCCAACUUCAAAUUACUGUAACUGAAGUAUUUCUUUGUUUAUUUCUGAAUUCAUCAUUAGUUCAGUCUGGGACAGAAUGAGAUAAAAUAAUUGUAAAUAUGCUGAUGAUGAGUGUAGCCUAUGAAGUUUUGAAAUAUUUUCCAUCACUGUUCUUGCUAUUGUAUCUCCUUUUUGAGUGUAUCUUCUGCCAUAUGUGCCUAUUUACCUUUCUCUCUGUAUUUCACAUUCAAUAUGUAUUGUUUAAGAAAGAAAACUAAUAAGACCAAUACCUUGUAUAUUCUUAAAUUAUUGUGGUUUAGACUCUGAAUAAGACUGAAUUUAAGUAAUUGUUGUGAUUGGAAGUAAUCUCAAAUUUAAUUUAAUAUUAUGCCAAAAAUGUGUUGGAAUUCUGCUGUAUUAUCAUAUUUAUUAUUAAACCAUGGAACUUUGAAGAGGGGUGUCACAUAUGGAGUAUAUAAAUGAGUUACUGUGAAGGGAAGAGAAAGUUCAAGUAAGCUCAAUACAACCAUUUUUUAAACUAAUCAUUCUGUGUUUUCUCUCACAUUAUUGUUAAUAAUAUGUGGCAUGGACAGGACUAGAUUGGUUAUAAUUUUGCCAUGUUAUUACUUUUUUGUACAUAUAAUAUGAGAAAUAAAGAAUAAAUGUUGAUUACAGAUGUUUCUGACAGCUAAUAUUCUAUAAACAGAGUCCCCCCUAGCAUAAUUAAAAUAUUAAGGUCAUACUCAGAACUAGCUGCAAGGAUUAAUCAUGUAGUUUGCCCCCAUAUGAACUUGUUACACAAGUUUUAUUAAAUGCACUUAGCCACAGUUGGUCACAAGCAUUGGGUGUCUAUAAGGGAUUAUCAAAUUCUGCUCUGUAUGCUGUCCGGUUAUUUAUGAUGUAUGUGGGCCGUGGGAUUUGUUGUCAGGUAUUCGUAGGACUUCACAAUGUAGAGAAAGAUGGAAGGGUAGUUCAGUAAGUUGGAUGGCAGUUAACGUUGUUACCAGCUGAACUCUUGGAAUUAUCUACUGCUAUGGUUUAAUACCAACUGUUUCUGGCAGGUCGUUUGUACAGUUAAAGUAGUACUGCGGAUAGAUGGCGAGCGUCGUAGGCCACCUACGUUGCCAAUCUUUAACAUCGUGUAGUCGGUUGUCCAGCAACCAGAAAUAGUUUAUAUACACAGUGAUGCAGAGAAGUUUGGGGGACAUUAUUGGACAGUCCUUCAAACAUUGUCAUUUCCAAACACAUCACUGGUAUUAUCAUACCGUCCAAGACCUACUCAUGUAUUUGGACAGCCAUUAAGUUCAGUAUACCAUGCAUCUGAUGUGGCUAGAAUUCAAGUGCUGAUGGAAUGUGGUGGAAUCUACAUUGAUGCUGACACACUAAUUCUUCGGUCAUUAAACCGUUUUCGUCACUUUGAAAUGGCUGUUGGUUGGCCGCAGGGAGAGUACAUGGGCACUCAGAUUCUGGUGGCUCAUAAGGAAGCUCGUUUUUUACCACUGUGGCUGAACAGCUACAGACAUUACCAUCCACGAGACUGGUACUACAAUGCUGGUCAGCAGCCAACAGAACAAAUACUGGACAAGGCACCAUACCUGGUUCACAGGGUUCCAGGCUUGUUUGGUGUGCACAAUCUUGCUGCUCGUCUUUAUGGGCUAAACCCAUGGCCACAAUGGCAUCGUAUGUUCACGGUGCAUCUCUUAAGCAGACAUGCUCCUGCCCCUCAGAAGCUUGAUGAGAAAUUUGUUAUUCAUUACAGAGCACCAUUUGGUGACAUGGCAAGGUGGCUGUUAUACAAGCUGGAACCAAAAGUACCGUUCCCACAAGCGGGCCAUUACAUUUACAGUAAAUCUAUGAAUACCAGCAUUUGUUCAAUAGGAGGUAGCAGUGGAACUGGCAAGUGACAGUAGUCAUUAGGAAUAAGAAGAAAGUCAAAUAAGAAUUUAUAAAAUUCAGAAAUAUGCCCAUUCCAGCAGGUAUUUACAGUAUCUGAGAGUGGAAGAAAAACAUAACCUUCCAGUGCAUCUCUUAAUGUAUAUUUAAAUUUAUUAUAAUACUGCACUGAGGUUUAAGAAAUGUUAAUGCUGUUAGGGCAGUAUUUAUUCUUUUUAAAGUGAUUAUCCUGGAGUAUGAAAAUAUUGAAUAAUUCAACAUUCUAAGUAUAUUUAGCUGAACUGAUAAGUUAAAGAUUUUCUCAUAUUUAUGUAAUCUCUUUUUGUUACAGCUAUUAUAUACUAGGAUCCAAUCUGUACAACCAAACAUUGUAUCCACUGUUUGCUGUGUGCGUGUUUGCCCCACACACAUCUUACCCAUAAGUCUUUGCACUUAGCUUAUGAAUGUAUGCAUGGUACAUUACAGACUGGUUCUAAAUGCUAUGACUGGAAUAACUAGACUUCCAUUAUAGUGAAUAGCGAAGUGUAUUUUGUUACUGUUCUUCAAAAUGGCGAACAAUGUGGAAAUGGUAAUUCAUAUCAUUGUGCUAUUUAAUUGUUUGAUGAGUCAUUGAAUUCACACAGAUCUAUUGCUUUCAGAUUUGUAUUCAAAUCUGAGCACUUCUGUUUUAUUACCAUAAUUAACAUUGAAACUAUAAAACUUUUCAAAUUGUU